AUGGAUACAGACGCAGGUGCCGACAGGAGCGGUGGGAACAGCUCUUCUUCAUCUUCUUCAUCUUCUUCCUCUUCCUCCUCUCCGCCGUCGCCAGUGGACCAUCAGCAGCGCGACGCUGCGUUCCUCUUCUUCCUCCCGGACGGCCGCUUGCCGCUGGAUCCCCCGGAGCUGCGCGUCCUGAUCCCCGCCGCACUGGGGCUCGUCUGCCUGCUCGGACUGGCGGGAAUCGUCACGGCGACGGGGGUUCUCAUCAGCAACGCGCGGCAACAGGCCAAGCUGUCGCUCAUCAACGCGCUGAUCCUGAACCUGCUGCUGGCUGACGCCCUGCUGCUGACCCUCGUCGCACCGCUGAAGGCCGCUGCGUUCUCCGACCCCGUGGGCAGCUGGUCGCUGGGCUGGUUCGCCUGCAAGACGCUGGAUUGGUCGGCCCAGACCUGCCUGGUCACCAAGAGCGCCACCCUGGUCGUCAUGGCCAACGCCUGCCACCGCUACUCCGCCAACCCCAGCAGGAACGUCAACGUGCGUCUGGCGGCCAUCGCGCUGCUGCUGCCGCUGCUGUGGGCGUGUGGCGGUGCGCUGGCACUUCCUGUGGCGCUCUACUCUGAGCUGAGCAGGGGUGAGGAGGGCGUGGCCAAGGGCUCGAGUGUGUGUGUGCGUCAGGUGCCGGUGGAGUCCCGUGGCGCGGUGGCGGCGUAUGCCCCCGUGUACCCGCUGCUGGCGUACGCGCUGCCCCUCGGCCUCGCAUUACUCUUCUCCCUGUCCGCCCACAGGCACAGCCGUCGCCGCGGCAACAGCAAGACGCAGAACCUCCGCACGCAGCUGCGCUCACGCAAGCUGAGCCUGAUGCUGCUGGGGCUGCUGGUCUCCACGGCAACGCUCUGGCUGCCCCAGUGGCUCUGCUGGUGGUGGGGGUUGCCAGGCAACGGAGGACAAGGUGGAGGAGGGGGUGGGAGGGGCUUAUGGCUGGCGGCGGAGCUCCUCCCCCUCUUGGCGGCGCUGCUGGACCCGCUGCUGGUGCUGGCGCUCGGCGAGGAGUUCCGCCACGGCUACAAGUUGCUAUGGAGACGCCUGACGCUGCGGCCGCCCCCCUCCACCUCCGGCAAGGCCAAGCCGACACACCCCCACACGCCCACCGCCCCCACCUCGCCCCGCCCACGCCCAGAGACCUCCCUGCCCCCCGCCGGGGAGUCCCUCACCGACACUGACAUGGACGCGGACACACUCACGGACACACACACUCAGAAAGACAGGCGCAAGAGCGCGCAAGCAAACACACACUCCUCCACAACCCCGCCCCCUGGCUCGAACCCAAACCCGAACCCGAACCCGAGCGGAACCCCCCCUGCAGAUGUAGUGCUGCCGGACGUGGAGCAGUUCUGGCACGGCAGAGAGAACGCGGCGCACACAGACAACAAUGACCCCAUACCAUGGGAGCACCAGGAGCCUGUGGAGUAA